CACGGGAAUGAUUGAUAGCCGGUGAGAAGGGGGGAAACCACCAAUCCAUGCUUCGCCUCGUUAGGGCAGCAGACGAAGAGUGAGAGCGAGCCGGAUCGCGGAAAAGAGUUCUCCUCUUGUAUUUCUAGACUUCCUCUUCUUCGAUCGCCAACGGUAACGUACCGAUCGCUGGAAAUCUUCAUGGAGGAAACCGGAAUCGAGUUGGACGCGUUGAACUCCCCCGAUCGCUGAUGCCGCUGCAGCUGCAGUAGGUGGCCGGUCUCGCCUGAUUACUUGUCGGACGAUGAAGGGGAACGGCGCCGAGGACUCGUCCCCCAAGCCGCCGCCGCUGGAGUGGAAAUUCUCGCAGGUGUUCGGGGAGAGGGCGGAAGGGGAGGAGGUCCAGGAAGUUGAUAUUAUCUCAGCUAUUGAAUUUGACAAAUCUGGUGACCAUCUUGCUACUGGAGAUCGAGGAGGACGUGUUGUUUUAUUUGAAAGGACCGAUAUUAGGGAUCAUGGUUCCCGAAAGGACCUGGAGAAGGAAGAUUAUCCAAUUACUAGGCACCCUGAGUUUCGCUACAAAACUGAGUUUCAGAGCCAUGAACCUGAGUUUGACUAUCUUAAAAGCUUGGAAAUAGAGGAGAAGAUCAAUAAGAUCAAAUGGUGCCAAACAGCCAAUGGUGCUGUCUUUCUUCUUUCUACUAAUGACAAGACAAUUAAAUACUGGAAGGUCCACGAAAAAAAGGUCAAGAAGAUUUCUGAGAUGAAUAUGGAUGCUUCAGACAGCAUAGCUAGUUCGAGUAUGACUAGUCCUCAAAGAAAUCUACCAAAUGGUGGAUGUUCUGAAGGACCCUACAAUCGCUCGAGCAAUGACUUGUCCUUGCCUCCUGGAGGGUUUCCAUCAUUACGUCUGCCUGUGGUGACGAGCCAGGAGACAAGUCUAAUUGCUAGAUGUCGAAGGAUAUAUGCCCAUGCUCAUGAUUACCACAUAAAUUCUAUUUCAAAUAACAGUGAUGGUGAGACAUUCAUAUCAGCAGACGAUCUGCGAAUAAACUUGUGGAAUUUGGAAAUCAGCAAUCAAAGCUUUAAUAUUGUUGAUGUGAAGCCUGCAAAUAUGGAGGACCUAACUGAGGUGAUAACAUCUGCUGAGUUCCACCCAACCCAUUGCAACAUGCUAGCAUAUAGUAGCUCGAAGGGCUCAAUCCGGCUUCUUGACUUACGACAGUCAGCAUUAUGUGAUAAACAUUUUAAGAUGUUUGAGGAACGGGAAGCACCUGGUUCAAGAUCUUUUUUCACAGAGAUCAUUGCAUCAAUUUCAGAUAUUAGAUUUGCAAAAGAUGGAAGGCACAUCCUUAGUCGUGAUUAUAUGACCCUUAAGCUAUGGGACAUUAAUAUGGAGUCAGGUCCUGUUGCAACUUUCCAGGUCCAUGAGCAUUUAAGACCUAUGCUAUGUGAUCUAUAUGAGAAUGAUUCAAUCUUUGACAAGUUUGAUUGCUGUCUAAGCGGAGACGGAUUGCGUGUGGCAACUGGUUCUUACAGUAAUAUUUUCCGUGUAUUUGGCUGUACACCUGGAAGCAAUGAAGCAACAACUUUGGAAGCCAGUAAAAAUCCUACGAGGCGACAAGUGCAAACCACCCCAAAGCCUGCAAGAUCUUUGAGCACCUUGGCACGUGUUGUCAAACGUGGAGCAGAAAGCCCAGGAAUCGAUGCCAAUGGAAAUUCAUGUGAUUUCACUACAAAAUUACUUCAUUUAGCAUGGCACCCAACUGAAAAUUCAAUCGCCUGUGCUGCUAUGAACAGUCUGUAUAUGUACUAUUCAUGAAGAUGGCACUGGAGAGGUCUCACUCUGCAAUUUUUUUGAAAUUUCGGUUUUCUUCCGAAGGCUGUUAUUACUUACAAUGAGCAAGGGGCAGGAGGAUGUACAUGUUGGUGCCAGAUAAUGAUGCUAUGCAAAUCUACGGGGCAAUUUGUAUCUCCCAUCGUGGAAGCAACUUCUUCAGAUUAAAUUUUUUUGGGAAAGAUUGCAAAUCUUUUAUAAUUGUGGCCUAUUUCAGGGUCCAUUAUAACUCUCCUGCAACUAAUACACAAGGAAUUUCCACGACGGGGUUUCCAAAGCGCUGUUUCAGGAUCUGCUAUACAAGGGCAUGGGUGCUUGUAUCGUUGACUCGCAUGUCAAAGCUUGUGAAAGUUUCUUAUCAUGGUUCCUGUUUGCAUCUAUGUUGUAGGCCGAGAUGCCUCAACCACUUGAUCUUUGGAUCAUAAAAUCUUUGCGGUUUAGGAAUCACUCUGGACCACUUAAUGUCAGUCUGAAAUUGAUAUUAAUUUUGUUCAAGCUGUCAAAUAAGUAGGCUCGAUGCCUUCUAUUGUAUUGUGUCAUGUAUUCUAAUGCAGGUCUACUUUCAUGUCUCUAGGCAAUCACUUUUAUAUUAAUGUUUUCAUUUUUUAUUUUAUAACAAGUAAUCAUUAUGAUAA